AACUGUAUUUGAUAGCUCACGGUAUUGAUAAACCAUGUCGGCCACCUGGGAAGAGCUUUUCCACCACACAGCGAUUUUCCAAGAAGCUCUCUCCUUUUCUCUUUAAUCCAUUAUUGCCUAACUAAAACCUCUUCUCCACUAAUCCCAUAACACUAGCAUCUUCUUCUCGUUGUUUUCAGUCUGGGCAAGAUGGAAAUCAGAUAAUUAAAGAAAGAAAGCAGAGGAUCCGUCUUGGAAAGUUCCUUUCUUUUUCUAUGUAAAUUCCUCCUUUUUCCCAGUAACCAAACAGAGGUAUUUAUGUCUCAAAGAAAAGCACUUGCUUAUUAGCCGUUGAAAUUGAGAGAGCAACAACUGGUUUCCUGGUUUGCAAAUACUCGUCGUGGAGAUCAGUCUUCUUCUGAGCCAUCUUUAACACCUAGUAGUAAUCUUUACAGGCCCUCCUUGAGUUUCAGGGAUGAGCUCCUACAACUAUAAUUUUUAUGACGAGCCCAUAAAGGCUACUUCAGAAUCAGCAGAGUGGAUAUUUUUUGCCACUAUCCUUGGCCUACAGAUGUUGUCAGCUGCUUGUGAUCAGGCUUCCUCCCCAAGAAAAUCCCAGUAUGCACUGUUUGGUAUGCUGUUGGCUAUUGCAGCUGUGCUCAUUUCCAUCUGGGAGCUAACUUACAGAGGUAAAAAGGAAAGAGUUGUGUUGAGGAGAUGGGGAAUGCUCCGGUGGUUUUAUGUUCCACCUCCUCGUAAUACGCUUUUUGGUACUCUUCCUGACGUUUAUGGAUUAGCUGCUGGCAUCUCACAGUGCAUUUUCUGUAUAGUUCAGUAUGUUGACUGCCUUCGGCAUGUUGAUAAUCCUUUCAAAGCAUCCCUUUUGCCUGCCAUAUUUCUUCUGUGUUUAGGUGGUUCAAAACUAAGUAAUAACCGAAUGAACGCCAAUACCACUGAUAACAACAUCUUGAGAAAGCCUUUGGAUAGUCAGACUAUUCAUGUUCAAGAUAACAAGGACUCCAGGGAAAAUUCUUCAAGCACGGAAGAAACUUCUAAGCAUGCAACCGCGAAGUAUUAUGCACCUACAAAUAUACCAUCUCUGGAUGACCAGGAGGUUGAGAGCAACAUAGUUGGUUGCCGACGAGUGGCUAGCCAGGAGGUGCUGGCUGGCGAUGGGCACAUCGGUGGUGGCUGGGAUGAGGCGAUGGCUAAGCAGGUGCUGCAAGUGGCUCAAGAAUGGCAACAAUGGCGGUGGCGAUUGCAAUGGCGGCAACGUGGACAUUUGAUAUGACUUUGAAGUAGUGACGUUGUAUGUAAUUUUAAUUUUUUAUUGUAAAAAUAGGUACUACGUACUUUUUGGUGUUUGGCCUUAUACUAAUUAUGUGAAAUUGUAUUCCUAUCUUCCAAAUUAGUAAACUAUAUAGUGUCUUAAAAUAAAAGCUUCUUUUUAUUGAUAGAAUC